AUGAGCAACAAAUUCCUGGGCACCUGGAAACUUGUCUCCAGUGAGCACUUUGAUGAUUACAUGAAAGCUCUGGGUGUGGGGUUAGCCACCAGAAAACUGGGAAAUUUGGCCAAACCCAGAGUGAUCAUCAGCAAGAAAGGGGAUAUUAUAACGAUACGAACUGAAAGUACCUUUAAAAAUACAGAGAUCUCCUUCAGGCUAGGCCAGGAAUUUGAAGAAACCACAGCUGACAAUAGGAAAACCAAGAGCAUUGUAACCCUGGAGAGAGGCUCAUUGAAUCAAGUACAGAAAUGGGAUGGCAAAGAGACAACCAUAAAGAGGAAGUUAGUGGAUGGAAAAAUGGUAGUGGAAUGUAAGAUGAAGGGCGUGGUCUGCACCAGAAUCUAUGAGAAACUCUGA